CCCCUCUGGGACCGUCCCCAGGACCCUGGUGUUUUCUGUGUCCUCAGUUGCGGCCCCAGCAUCUGGCCUGGGCAGGGGGCUGCCCUUGGUGGGCUGGGGGGCCAGCAGGAGCUUAACCUGACAGCUGCAGGGAGGGCGACCUGCAUGCCGAGCGCCGCCUCUGCGCCAUGGACGGCGGCCAGGCCAGUCUGGAGCCCGCGGCCGCGGGCCCCAGCAUCCCCGGCCCGAGCGUGAUCGCGCCGCUGCGCGCCGUGGUCCGCCUGCGUCGCCGCGUGUGCCUCCUGCGCAAGCGGCGCCUCCUGCCGCCAGGCGCGGGGCCGGCCUCCGGGGCUGGAGCGUCCAGAGCCGGCUGCAGCUCGGGGGCGCCGCGCGCCGACUGGGACCCGCCGCAGUUCUUCACCUUCGACGGCCCGGCGGAGCUGCCCUCCAGGACGCCGCGCAAGAGGCGCCGGCGCAGCCGCGUGGUGCUCUACCCGGAGCCCUCGCGCAAGUGCCGGCCUCACGCCGAGCGCCGGAGCCGCGCGCAGCGCUGCCUGGUGUUACUGGUGGCCGUCGUGGGCUUCCAGGUGCUCAACGCCAUCGAGAACCUGGAUGAUAACGCGCAGCGCUACGACCUCGACGGGCUGGAGAAGGCGCUGCAGCGCGCCGUGUUCGGGCAGCCGGCCGCCGUGGGGCGCAUCGUGGCGCUGCUGCGGGACUACCUGGCCACGCACGUACACAGCCGCCCGCUGCUUCUGGCGCUGCACGGGCCCAGCGGCGUGGGCAAGAGCCACGUGGGCCGCCUGCUGGCGCGCCACUUCCGCGCGGUCCUCGAGGACGACGCGCUGGUGCUGCAGUACCACGCGCGGCACCACUGCCCCGAGCCGCGGGCGGCGCAGGCCUGCCGCGAGCAGCUGGCCGGGCUGGUGGCCGACGUGGUGGCGCGGGCCGAGGUGGAGGAGAAGACCCCGCUCGUGGUGCUGGACGAGGCCGAGCUGAUGCCGCGGGCGCUGCUGGACGAGCUGCGGAGCCUCCUGCAGCCGCAGCGGGCCCACCACUUCCACAACGCGGUUUACGUGCUCCUCAGCAGCGCGGGCGGCGCGGACAUCACGCGCUUCGUGCUGCGCAACGCGUCCAGCGCGCGGCCCCGGCGCCCCGACGGGGAUCCGGACGGGGCGGCCGCGCUGCGCGCCGAGGAGGAGCUGCGCGCCGGCCUUCGGGCGCUCCUGGUCCGCGAGCACCCGCUGUGGCAGGACGCGGCCAUCGUGCCCUUCCUGCUGCUGGACAAGCAGGACGUGGUCAGCUGCUUCCGCGAGGAGAUGGCCGCGGAGGGCUUCUUUCCGGAGCAGGCCCGCGCCGAGCUACUGGCGGCGCAGCUCAGCUACUACCGCGUCGCUGGCCGUGAGUUCGCCGUCACCGGCUGCAAGCAGGUGGUGGCCAAGGUCAAUCUCUUGUAGCACAGCCUUAGCGGAACACGGCGGUCGCCAGUGGGCCGGCGGGACUCUUGGGUUGGGGGUGGCAGUAGGAUGGAGGGGACCCUGUGGAUUUGCCUGAGGCCUAUAAUAAAUCUGUCUCCAGCCCC